AUGGCGGAAAAUGAAACUGAACGCGACUCGUCGCGCAUGUCAGAGAGCUUUAUUGCGGAAAACGAGCCGUCGGCUUUUCUGCCCAUUGCUCAAACCGACGAAGAUGCGUCGUCCACUCGAGAGACAUUCCAGCGGCCACGGCCUGGCCACGGCUACGGGACUAUUACACAGCCUCCCGGGCAGGGGCAUAUUGAAGAUGAACAACUGCCUCGCGGUCAAUCCGGGCGUCCUCAACCUCCCCAAUCGCCCAAUAUUGCAGCUCAACCUGAUCGAGGCCGAAAACCGUCUACAAUUCGCCGCAUGUCCUCCAAACCAUACCGUGGUCAGGAGUUCUCUGUCGAUGACGAAGCAUAUGAAGUUGAGCGGGACAAUGCCUUACAACAAAUGGUAAACACUGCGCAGCCUUCCCCAAGAAUCGCCCCAAUUGCAAACAAAAAUUCGACAAUAAGGCGGAGGACCAAUGCGCCGACGUUUCAAUCGCGCAAACAAAGCUCGCAAGAUGCAGAGGAUGACUUUACGCUUCCUGAGGCAGGGCCGAGCAACUCUGGAGAAGACGACCUACGGGAAUCGGAAGAACAAGAUUGUGACGAUGAAGGCCAUCUCAGCGAUGCAGAGAGUUUUACACUAAGGGAUCGCCAAGCUGCAAUUAAUGAAACACACCCUUUUGGUAUCAGGAUUUGGAAACCUGCUCUAUAUAAGAAAAACCGCUCCGUCGAGAAGACUGCUGAGGGUGACAUCCACUCGUCACCCGGCGGGCGCGUAAACAACCUUCUAUUCCUUGUCAAUCUAAUGUGGUCUGUUAUCUUCGGAUGGUGGCUUGCAGCUGCCGCCAUGCUAGGUGCCAUAGCUUGCUUUCUGUGCAUUUCUUCGCCUCACGCGAAGGAAUACGGCAAGGUCUUUUUCGGUCUAUCUCGCUACAUGCUCUACCCUUUUGGGUCGUUCGUGCGGUUAGAAACUGAUGAACACUAUGUAGAUGAGGACGAAGGCGAGGGGCGCAGUAUCAGUGAAUACGAGCAGUGGCAGAGUGGAGAUCUAGAACAUGGGCGGCUGUUCUUUGGCCCUUUGAGUAAUCGAUCCCUGGUCGGUCGACGACGAAGUAGCAUUGAUUCAGGCUUUAGCGAGCAUGAUAGUCUCCUUGGGCACGCUGGUAGAGGGGGUCUCCGGGGCACGAAUUCUUCAAGACCAAAACGACGAUUAUUUGGCCGCGGAGAGUGGAGCCUGGCUAGGGUUGUCUUUUUCGCAUUUUUCUACUUCCUUACAGGUCCACUGAUGCUUCUAGUAUCCUUAGUCUGCUGGCUACUUGUUUUCUGGAUACCCAUGGGUCGUGUCAUGAACAUACUUGUCGACCAUCUUCGCCGUCAUCCCCUUGCUCUGUCUUUUCAUUCUGAUAACACUUACGCUCGGCUACCAUCCAGUCCAUCCUCUUCCAUCCUUCUCUGUACCUAUCGUGCGGCGGGUCUACGUUACUGGAAGUAUACGAUCGAUGGAACGAACAUUUUCCUUUUCAAUCUUAUGAGCAUUGUCGCUUUUGUCAUCUUCGACUAUUUCGUACUAGAUGUCACUUUCGGACUCGAAUCGUGGUUGACGCACCCAGGACUCGUCUUUACUUUGUCCCUUUUGUCAAUCAUCCCGCUGGCAUAUUUUAUCGGUCAGGCAGUUGCUUCUAUCUCUGCUCAAUCUUCCAUGGGACUGGGUGCUGCUAUCAAUGCCUUUUUCUCAACAGUUGUGGAAGUCUUUCUCUACUGUGUGGCUCUUGGACAGGGUAAAGCUCAAUUGGUAGAGGGCAGCUUGAUUGGCAGUAUCUUCGCUGGUAUUCUAUUUCUUCCCGGUUUGUCAAUGUGUUUCGGUGCAAUCAGACGCAAAACGCAACGAUUCAAUGUGAAGUCCGCAGGUGUUACUUCAACUAUGCUGUUGUUUGCGGUAAUCGCUGCCUUUGGACCAACUUUAUUUUAUCAGAUAUACGGCAGUCACGAGUUGAACUGUCGGUCUUGUGUCAAUGCAUCAGAUGAACGUGAUUGUCGUCGAUGCUAUUUUUCGCAAUCUGCUACUGUGAACGAUGAUUUCUUUCGGAAAGCCGUACAGCCGUUCUGCUGGUUUGCGGCUUUCUUCUUGUUUCUAUCAUAUAUUAUUGGCCUCUGGUUCACCCUAAGGACCCAUGCAGCAGUCAUAUGGACAACUGAUGGAGACGAGAAGAAGAUAGCUCCAGUGGGAGUCGAAGCUCAUCCACAGGACUCGCGACCGAUCAAUAUUGCAAACGGUCUACCUAUGUUAGGUGGCGACUUACAACCCAAUAGUAUCCGUGAGUCUCAGCUCUACAAGCGUAUCCUGGGGCAUUCGUUAGAGCAAAUUGGCCUUCCACAUGAUGAAUUUGACGCCACCUUCGUUACAGGUGGAGUGUCGCCGCAACUAGACCCUCUUUUACAGAAAACCCACGAUGAUCAACAUGGGUUACACCUUCGCGGGCUUACGGAAGAAGAUAAUGAAAGCUUGGCACGUCAAGUUGCUGAGGUUGCAGCGACUGCUGCUACAGUAGCUGCACAUGAUUCUGCUCGCGCUCAUCGGAGAGCUGCAAGUUCGCAAGCGUCGGGACGGCCUCAAGCAACUAAAGCUUCUACACACCAUCCAGGUCCUAUUGCUGAGGAGCAGGAGUUUACUGGGGUACCGGUUGAGACUACGCAUGCGGGCGGCGGUCACGAUGCGCCAAAUUGGAGCAAAACCAAGAGUGCAGUCAUACUUCUCGGUGCAACAAUUCUGUAUGCCAUCAUCGCCGAAAUUCUCGUUGACACUGUGGAUGUUGUCUUGGACAGCGUGGACAUCGAUGAGAAAUUUUUGGGAAUCACACUAUUUGCAUUGGUCCCUAAUACGACUGAAUUUCUGAAUGCUAUCUCGUUUGCCAUGAAUGGAAACAUAGCCCUUUCCAUGGAGAUUGGCUCCGCAUACGCUCUUCAGGUUUGCUUACUACAAAUUCCAGCGCUCGUAUUAUACAGUGCUGUGAAUGCGCAAUUCAUAGACCCAGCCGACCUCAGCAGCCACUCAUUCAACCUUAUAUUCCCACAAUGGGAUAUGAUUACAGUGAUUCUCUGCGUUUUCCUUCUAUCAUAUGUAUAUGGUGAAGGUAAGAGCAAUUACUUCAAAGGAUCAAUCCUUGUCUUAACCUAUUUGGUCGUUAUAAUUGGCUUCUACUUGUCUGGUUACAACGAUCUCGAUACGUUGGGCAUUGACCGUUUCGAUACCUUAGCUCUUGGCUCAAAGCAGCAGAAGUUUUACACUAUAGGGCAAACUUCAAGCGGUAUUGCUUAUUCUGCACCGGUGGAGCUAUGA